AUGGGCAAGUGCCGCACCGGGCUGCAGUGCGUGCCGCUGACACAGGGGGGCGGAAUCGACGCGUCCAAGUGCCAAGGUGCUGCCACUGACAGUGUUGACCCGCAAGGGGGGCGCAGCAACAGCGACUCGCUAUUGGGCCCUGGGGAUGAGGCUGCUGACCCGGGCAGCCAAGAAACGGGCGGCAAGAAAAGUGGCAAAGGGAAGGGGAAAGGCGGUGGUGGUGCAAAAGGCGGGGCAGUUGCCCAGAGAGGGAUUGAUGGUGGAGGCUGGAAGGUGGAUGUUGGAGGGGCAAUGGUGGAGGCUGGGGAUUCGAUGGUGGAAGAGCGCGAAGCUGCUCGAAUCUCCAGGCUGCCAACGACGCUCGACCGAAGCCAGGUCUCAGUCAGAGCGAGCUCAAACGCCCCCAAGACUACCAUGGCCGCCACUGCGACUGCGAGCAAGGCGGUCAUCAGCGAAUCAGCUGCAUGGAGCGGCCUCAAGAAAAUGCCCGUGACUCGUGUCGCUGCCUCGCAAAAACUUGUCGCUCGUUCUCCUGCCAGAUCAACAGUUUCCGUUCGUGCUGCUGCAGCUGCUCCCACGCAUUUCCUCCAUAUUGACGACUUCGAUAAGGAUACCAUCCUGCACAUCCUCAACCGCGCCAAGGAAGUUAAAGCGAUUAUAAAGUCUGGCGAUCGUUCGUACCAGCCCCUUAAGGGUCACACCAUGUCGAUGAUAUUCACCAAGCCCUCAAUGCGCACACGCGUGAGCUUCGAGUCGGGCUUCUUCCUGCUGGGCGGCCACGCGCUCUACCUGGGCCCCGACACCAUCCAGCUGGGCAAGCGCGAGGAGACGAGGGACAUCAGCCGUGUGAUCAGCGGGUACAACGACAUCAUCAUGGCCCGCCUCUUCGCACACCAGGACAUUCUCGACCUGGCCAAGUACUCGAGCAUCCCCGUGGUGAACGGGCUGACGGACUACAACCACCCGUGCCAGAUCAUGGCAGAUGCGCUCACCAUCAUUGAACACCUGGGGCAGAUCGAGGGCAUGAAGGUGGCCUAUGUGGGUGAUGGCAACAACAUUGUGCACAGCUGGCUGCGUCUAGCCGCAGUCAUCCCCAUGCACUUCGUGAGCGUCUGCCCCAAGGGGUUUGAGCCCGAUGCCGCCACAGUGGAGCGCGCGAGAGCAGCCGGGGUCAGCACGAUAGAGAUCACGAAUGACCCUGUGGAGGGGGUGAAGGGCAGCAACGUGGUGUACACGGACGUGUGGGCGAGCAUGGGGUAUAAGGAGGAGGCUGAGACACGGAAAAAGACUUUCCAGGGCUUCCAGCUCUCUCCCCACCGAAUCGCCUCUCCCGGUCUCUCGGCGGUCGGCGCGAUGGUGCUCGGGCAGCUUCAGGCGAAAUAUCAGGAGAUUGAGGGGCGCGCCAAGGCGUGGGUCGCGCGCCAGCCGCCGCCCGUGGAAGUGGCGAUCGUGGCGGCGGCGAGCGCGCUGCAGGGCGGCGCGAUCGGCGCGAUGAUGGGGAGCCUGACGUCGGAGGCGGCCGGCAGCAUGCCGUCGCCGGCCACCAUGCCGGGAAUGACGCCGGAGGCCGCGGCGUCGAUGAAGCAAAUGCAGGCGCUCACAGGCGGCCCGUGGACGCAGGCGCGAAACUUCGCGGUGAUGACGGGUGUGAAUGCGGGCAUCACGGCCGCCAUGAAGCGCGCCCGCGGCGGCGUCGAGGACCUGCAGACGAGCGCCGUGGCGGCGUUUGGGUCAGGGAUAGCGUUUUCAGUGGUGAGCGGGGUGGGCGGGCCGGCGGGCAAUGCGGUGCUGAAUGCUCUCUCCACGGGCGUUGGCUUCGCCAUCUUCCAAGGGGCCUUCUUCCAGCUGGGCAAGGCAUUCUCAGGUGAAGGCGACGCAGCACCAUCAGAGUACAUGGAGUCGAAGGCCAUGCUGCAGGAGCUGGGACUGGGCAAGUACGAGAAGAACUUCAAAAAGGGGCUGCUCACUGACCGCACGCUGCCACUGCUGAACGACAGUGCACUGCAGGAGGUCAAGAUCCCUCCCGGCCCUCGCUUGAUCAUCCUCAACCACAUUCAAAGAUCGCGAAGGUGCUAUGGGCAAGCACCCUCGAGUGACAAGCCCAGCAGCAGCAGUGGGGCGAUCGGUAUUGGCCACCUGGGGGGUCACCUGGACAGCAGCAGCAGCAGCAGCAGCAGCACCAGUGGUGAAAGCGGAGCAAUGGUUGCGUCAUUCUAA